UUACAAAAUAUAACAAAAUAUUUGAGACUGUACCUAAUAACGUUCUACUCAAUAUACUCUUUAAACUAAUUUCCUGUAUCCCCUUCUCAUCCUAUGUCUUUCCGUCUGAUACUGCCCACACUGUAGGAUACAUGCUUCCCCUGGGGUGAUUGCGCACACCUGUUCACCUGCAGUGAGAUGUGUGUCGGUUUAUUGACCUGAGGGAGUUGUCCAAGUUCUGACGGACUGAUUUACAAUGGAGACUCCUCUCCACUUGACUAUUGUUCUUAAUUACCGGACCUCUAUUUUACUACUCCUCUUGAUCGGCGGCUUUUCACUUGGAUCGUCCCCGACCACGUCAAAUCUAGCUGACGACUUUGGCGAUUUUACUUUGUACCAACAUGGCAAUAUCUUGUCACCCCUUCUGAAGGCGCUGACAGCACAGGGACUUCCAUGGCAAGACACGACCCCAAGAAUGAGACCUGAUUCGAGAUAUGUUCGAUACAUGAAAAGACUGUACAGGAUGUCUUCGAGACAUGAGAGGAGUUUGGAAGGGAACAACCACCAGUACAACACAGUUCGACUUAUAACCCCGCGGGGUGAGUGCCUGGAGCAAAGCAAAGAGUUCUUCAUGCAAAACCUCUCCUACAAUCUGGACCGUGUCAGAGCCAAGGAGCAGCUCCUGAAGUCUGUCCUGCUGUACUCCUUCGACCAAGAGCAGGCCACGUCCAUGACUACCCAAUGUUACCUAGAUGUGAAAGAGCAGGAUGCCCAGGAUCAGUGUCUUCUCUGCCCCAGCAGCCAUCACUCAUUCAACUUCCUGUUCCACACGAACCACAGGAGGAAGUGGGUUGAGGUGGACAUCACGACGUUCCUCCGACCUCUCAUCCAGUCCCACAAGAAGGACAUCCAUUUGCUGAUCAACCUGACGUGUGUGGAGGGCAGAGGCAGGGAGGCUAAGGCUGGAGGAGAGGAGAGGUGCGGUAGGGGCCCUGUCGAGCUCCACCUAAGGUCUCCGUCCUUGCUCCUGUACCUCAAUGACACCAGCGAGCUGGCACACCAAAGAUGGCUGCCCACCAGGUCACAAGGUCAUCCGAGGUCAGCCAAUGAGAUGGACACCUUUGAGAGCCUGGCGGAGUUCAAGCCGGUGCGAAGGCUCAGCCGGAGCAAGAGGAGGAGACAGAGGAGAGACUCUCCAGAUCUAUUGACGAACAACGCACGAGGCAAAACGAGCCAGAAGACCAUCCUCCCGGACCUCCUCCCGACUUCUGACUUCCCUACGAGCGACUGUGCCUUGUACGACUUCAGAGUGAGCUUCAGUGAGCUCAAACUGAGCCAUUGGAUCAUUUUCCCCCACAGGUACAACCCCAGGUACUGUAAAGGCACCUGUCCCAGGGCUGUGGGGUUCAUCUACGGCUCCCCCAGACACACUUUCUUCCAGAACAUGAUCUACCACAUACUGGACUCCUCUGUGCCACGGCCUUCGUGUGUUCCCUUGGAGUACAUCCCCCUGAGUGUUUUAACCCUUGAAGGUGACUCCAUUGCCUACAAGGAGUUAGAUGAAAUGAUCGCUACGAGGUGCACAUGCCGCUAAAGGCCCACCUCCAGGGUCAGGCUCAAUUCCAUUUGAACUUGGUGUAAAACUGAACAAUCUCAACUGUUAUUCCAAUUGUUCUCAAUGCUUUUCAAUGUAAAAAAAUCCUCUCGCUCGGGCUGAUCCUUCGCUCUGGAAAUUGACUGAAUUGAAAUGGAAUUGACCCCUCCCUCACUGCCUGAUGUUGUUUUACCAGCCUCAACACUUUGACUGUUAACCUACCUUCUGCAUCAACUGCCGCUAGACUUAUUCCAUCCUCCUCAAGCUCUUGACUUUUUAGCAACUUUUGUGACUUUUUCACAAUCGCCUAUUGUAACAUCCUGGUCUGGUGACUUCAUGUCAAGUCAUCAGUGUCUUUGUCAAAACAUCAGUGCAUGGAGUUCCAUUUUAUCUAGAACAGAUGCAUUUACUUGCCAAAAAAGUAUUUUUAUCUAAAUAGAAAAUAUGGCAUUGAUUUCCUUUGUUUACUUGUUUAUGUGACGUGAUAGGCAGGAAUGUUGUGAAGAUGUCUUAUCCCUCCACUUUGUUUACAUGUUUAUGUGACGUAAUAGGCAGGAAUGUUGUGAAGAUGUCUUAUCCCUCCACUUUGUUUACAUGUUUAUGUGACGUGAUAGGCAGGAAUGUUGUGAAGAUGUCUUAUCCCUCCACUUUGUUUGUUUUGUUUGUGUUUUUGCGUUGCGUUGACACAUAAGAACAUGGAUUCGUUUUUAAGUUAUUAUUUUUGUUAAUUUAUUUUGGGUGUUCUGCCAUCUUUAGUCUCUUCUUUCACACUAACUGGUACAUUUUAAGUACAUCUGUUCUGGACAAAAUAUUUAAAAAAAGUGGUCCUAUAUACUCGUAUCCAACAUUUUCACGUUUCAUUUUAUUCCUGGGGAUUGCAGACUGUUGUUUCGCGGACAACCUCUCUUUUCGUACGGUCCAGAAUGUAAGUUAUCUUUUAUAGACAACUUGAUUUUUGUGUGUAUUUAUUACCCUGGGUCAUGAAAUGACUGCAUACCUAAUAUAUUGACGAAUUUAACUAAAAUGCAUGUCGUCUAUUUAUGCAAAUGAAAUGUACUGUACGGUCUUGUUCGGAUAACUGAUUAUCACAAAAAAGAAUAAAUGAAUAAUUAGCUAAAUAUUUUCUUGAAAAAAAAUAAAGAGCAUGCACAGAUCCCUGAUUAUUUAUUCAAUAUGAUUGUAAAUGGUUGUUUGUUCUGACAUAAAUACACA